AUGGAGGAGCACCUGACGCAUUUCACGCGCCCGGACUGGCCUUCGGGCGGCAAGGUGGCCCUGCUGCUGGCGGUGGCCGGCAAAGCCGUGGAGGACAUGGCCGAGUUCAGAAGGGUGUGGCGGUGUUACGCCAAGCGCCACGGCUACAUCUUCAUCGAGGAUCACGCGGAGCCGCCGGAUCUGGUGCCGGAGCCAUUUGCCAAGCUCCUGGAGGCAACGAACCCAGGUGUGGACAGGACCAGCUUGGAGCGAGUGCGCCAGCAAGUGUCCAAGUACGCAUGGCUAAAGUGGCUCUCUGCCAAGCGGCAUUUGCGCGGCAGCAUCGAGUGGUUGGUGCUGGUAGACCCUGACAUGCUGCCGACCCACGGCUGCGGCAGCGAAGUGCCGGUGGCGGCCUACGGCGACCGAUUCGCCUCGGUGGUCUCUGCGGACAUGUGGAAGGUGGAUUGGGAUCAGAUCGACGAAGAGGAAGGCAACUUCGGGUUCUUCUCUGGUGGCCAGGACAAGAAUGCGGGCUUCAUCAUGAUUCGCAACGACGCGCUGGGGCACCUUUUCCUGGACCUGGUGCUGGAGCGUAGGUACUGGCACGGCAUGGGCAUGCCGGACCAGGAUGCCGCGGGGGAAGCGCUCUUGGAGCUACUGUCGCUGGAGCAGCCGGAGGGCGAGGUCUACGAAGCUUCGGCAGCGAGCUGUCCGACGUUGCCGCGGAUGAUCCACAGCAGCUGCAGCACGUGCGUGGGCUGUUGGGUGGCCAUCAGCCAAUCGAAGCCAGCUACCUAG